AUGCCCAAAAGUCUCGUGGAUUUUUAUUACAUGUGGAAAACAACUGAUCAUCAUGUCCAACAAAAACGAAUGAAAGCUGCUGAGGCUGAGCAUCGCCUCAAGCAGGUAUACAUUCCAAACUAUAACAAGCCGAACCCUGCCGUUUUAUAUCCUCCUUCUGGGAAUCCAGGUGUGCCUGAUAAUCCUCCAAAUCGAUGUGAAGGUUGUCAAGCCUUAAAUUCUGCUCAGUGGUAUGCACUAGGUCCUCCAACAUGUCUCUUAAAGGUAUGCAGCAAUUGUUGGAACUACUGGAAGCGCUAUGGUGAUCUCAAGGCGUCUUCUAUCCUUUCUCGCGUAAAUGGUACUCAGAGUAGCGGGAACUGUCUUUCUGAUCUUUCCUUUACUUGCCCCGUCAAACCCUGCUCCGAAGAGUUCUCCUCUCGCGUUCAUCUUGCUCAGCAUUUAGAGGCCUUCCACCAGCAUAUUGGUAGUCAUUUAGCCGACGAGGUUCAGCCUGGACCGUCCUCUACGACACAUCUUGUAUCUGACACUUUUUCCGCCUUGCCUACAGAAGCUAUUACGACAACACCCUAUAGCUCUUCUUGUGGCCUCGCUUCGGUAUCUGCUAGCCUUAUAAAGUCGCGGGGUGCAACCACUAGUUUUCACUGGCAUGCUCCCCCUAGCCUCAGGCUUGCUCGCCGCCUGAUGUCAAAAUCAGACACUGGCACUACAUCCUACAUCCAUCGCAUUGCCAGACGCCCAUGUCUGCCCUCUAUUUUCUCUGCAUUGAAUACUUCGGAGUCUUCUAUCUGGAGUGGUCCUACAGCACCUAGUCUUGCUGCACUUUUCAAGGAGACUGCUCCUAUUUUAAGUCAGAUUUCUUCAACACAAGCUAAGAAAUUGUUGGAUUUCUGUCUUUCGGCUACUCGGAUGGCCUCCGGUGAUCCUGAAGAUCCUAGCACUUCAGGCCCAUCGAAUCUGCUGAGCAAUGUGAGUUAUUCAUUCUAG